AUGUCAGUCUUGCAGUCAUGUAAGAGUAUAAAGCAACUUCACCAGAUACAGGCGCAGGUAACCCUCCACGGGUUUUCACAGAACGGCUACGUUACCCCGAAAUUAGUCACGGCAUGUGCGGAACUGAAGCAAAUGGGUUAUGCCCACCAGGUGUUCGAUCAAAUUCCUGAACCAAAUUUUGCUCUAUGGAAUGCAUUGUUGAGAGGGUAUGCAAAGAAUGAGAGUCAUAGGGAGGUUGUAGCUUUGUUUGGAAGGAUGAAGAGCAUGGACAUAAUGCCAAAUUGCUAUACAUUCCCCGUUGUGAUUAAAUGUUGUGGGAGAUUGAGUAGGUUGGUAGAAGGUGAAGAGGUGCAUUGUGUUGUGAUAAAAUGUGGGUUUAGAGCAAACCCCUUUGUGGGAACGACGCUGAUCGAAAUGUAUGCGGCUGGGGGAGUAAUUGGAGCUGCUUAUAAGGUGUUUGGUGAGAUGUUUGAGAGAAAUGUGGUUGCUUGGACUUCCAUGAUUAAUGGCUACAUUUUGGGUGGUGAUAUGGUUUCUGCACAGUGCCUUUUUGACUUGGCGCCAGAACGAGAUGUUGUGUUGUGGAACACUAUGGUUUCUGGUUAUAUUGAGCAGGGGGAUAUGGUAACGGCUAGAAAACUUUUUGAUAAGAUGCCGAGAAGAGAUGUUAUUUGCUGGAAUACGGUAUUGAAUGGCUAUGCAAGUAAUCAAGACAUUGAGGCUUGUGAGGAUUUGUUUGAGAAGAUGCCUGAGAGGAACGUUUUCUCGUGGAAUGGAUUGAUUGGCGGGUAUGCACGCAAUGGACGUUUCAUUGAAGUUCUGGAAUCUUUCAAGCGGAUGCUUACUGAGGGUAAUGUGCUUCCUAACGAUCCCACAUUAACAACUGUGCUGUCAGCAUGUGCGAGAUUAGGAGCUCUUGAUUUGGGUAAGUGGGUGCAUGUAUAUGCAGAGAACAUAGGAUACAAGAGAAAUGUAUAUGUUGGGAAUGCGUUGAUUGACAUGUAUGCAAAAUGUGGUGUUGUUGACAAUGCGGUAGAUGUCUUCAAGAACAUGGAUAAGAAAGAUUUAAUUACUUGGAACACUAUAAUAUGUGGCUUAGCAACACAUGGACGCGGGGGUGAUGCCUUAAAGUUGUUUUCACACAUGAAGACUUCUGGAUUGAAACCAGAUGGGAUCACCUUCAUAGGCAUUCUGUGCUCUUGUACACAUCUAGGAUUAGUCGAAGAUGGCCUGUUGUAUUUCCAAUCAAUGGUUAGUGACUAUUCAAUUGUGCCUCAAAUUGAGCAUUAUGGUUGUAUGGUUGAUCUGUUUGGACGAGCCGGUCUUUUGGAACAGGCUGUGGAGUUUGUGAGGCAGAUGCCAAUAGAGGCAGAUGUUGUCAUUUGGGCUGCCUUACUUGGAGCAUGUCGAACUCACAAGAACAUUGAGUUGGCUGAGUUGGCUCUUGAACGGCUCAUUGAACUUGAACCAAAAAACCCUGCCAAUUAUGUCAUGCUUUCGAAUAUAUAUGGUGAUCUUGGGAGAUGGAAAGAUGUGGCAAGAUUAAAAGUUGCAAUCAGGGAUACCGGGUUCAAAAAAUUCCCCGGUAUUAGCUCUAUUGAGGCCAAUCAUGGUGUGGUUGAAUUUUGUUCCUUGGAUAAGAGGCAUCCUGAGACCGAGGAAAUAUAUGAAGCCUUGAAGGGAUUGACCAGUGCGCUAAGAUCAUCUGGAUAUGUACCAGACAUUCUGGAGCUUGGGCAUGGAGACUAGUCAUAGUACCGAAAUUAGGGAAUACUUUUAUUCAUCUUUGAUAUUGUUGGAUUGCAAGAAUUAAAAUCAUCAGGUAUGGCACUUCAAAAUCUCUGUUUUUUGUUCCAUUUUUGGACUAAGAAUGAGCUCAAUCCAAUUAGCUAAGCCUUAUCAUAUUGUUGCCGUAACUCUAUAGUUUCAUUUAUAAACUUAUUCAUUUUGUGGUGGUUUAAUUUCCCAUUACUAGCUUCUCCUGCUCAGACCAAAAGAAAAAAGCUUCACCCGCAUUGCCUCCAUUUCUGAAGUCACUGGAUCUUUAUCAGUUUGAUUUGUUUUGCUUUGUUUAAGCUAAAGCCCA